AUGCUCGUCGGAGAUCAAUUGGCCGACGUGCCGAAUAAGACCCCCCCUAUAGAUAGCAGACGUCAGACACGGAUAUCCGAGGCACGAAGGUUGAAGCAGAGUGGCUACAACUGCCUUUGGGAGACUACAGUGGUCCUACUCCACUGUCCACAUCAAGUCCACAUACACCAAUUCCUGCCGCUCACGCGACCGCUCCAGGUCCCGCCGUCAGCGGCGGCAAGCGGGAAACAUAUCCGUGCGCGGCUUAAGCCUGGCGUCUGCCGACUGGAAGUGCAUGUGCCUGUAGAUACGCGUUCAGAGGUCUGGAAUACCGAACGCUCAAAAGAGCUUGGAAGGGCGCGCGUGGAAGAUGACAAGGAGAAGAACCAGGAGCUCGCAAAGGUGAAGCAGAGGGAGGAGGAAGAGCCGCGCUUGAGCGAGGUGCGCAUGCGUAGCGAGCAGGUGCCGCAGGUGGGCGCAUAUAUCCUGGGUAUCGUGCGGAUUGGCCAGUUGCACUUGCAUCCAAUCAGCGAGACCCACCAGCUUCGACCGACGCUGACUUACAUGGAUAUUCUGACGCGGAAAAACAAGCGCGGUCGAGGAGGAGAGGAGUCCGAUGAUGAUUCUGACGACGGUCCACUCCCGGACCCUGACGAACCUGCGCCGGCUCCUGCACCGAAGAAGGAGAAGAAACCCGCCGUGGACGCGAAGGAAGUCCAGGUGUCAGUACGCAAGACCAGCGAGGACAAGGGCAUGCAUUUCCAGGGCGGCCUGACAGCUGUUCGGAGAGAAAUGCUCACGAUUAUGCACGCGGAGGAGGAUGAGAAGUGGGAUGAUUAUGAAUAUUGCGAUGGUGAAGCAGCUGAGUCCAAUAAUGCCUUCGAGGCUGUGUUUUCUCAGAAUGCCGAGCACUUGGAGUGCAAAACAGAUAUCACGAAUGUGCUGAAAGAUAUACGUGGUUUGUAG